AAGGAAGGACUGGCUAAGAUGUAUAUUAACUCACAUUUAUCAUCAUCAAUGUUUCAAGAUCGGGUAAACUGUUAACAUGGAGUAUUUGUAGAAUUCUGCAGGCAUGAAUCAUGUGGAUGUAAUAGUGAAAUAUAUUGUUCAAACCUGAAAUUGGUGGUACCUUUCUCGACUUUUAUCCAUCAUGGUGAGGCUAAAUGGAUGAAAAUGCUACUAAGAUCUGAGAAAAAUAAUAUAUUUUGUGACAACAAUUGCUCUAGGUUAUUUUCAUUAGAAGAGAAAUCUUAUAGCCCAUCAAAAAGGAGGAUUCUAAUAAGUGAAGACCUUGGUUUCGUGUUACUUGGGCAUUUAAAGAUUGCAGCUUCUGGAAGGCUGCAGUUGCUUGAUGGGACUGGAAGCAUUGAUGUCAUUAUAUCAGACCUUCGACCUGCUUGGGAGGAGAACAGCAUUUAUGAGCUCCUUGACUAUAGACUAAUAGUUGACGGCAUACCUGAACUGGUGGAUCAUUUGAAGUUGCUUCGAAAGUCGAUCACUUGUAGGAGUGUCUUUCAUUGCCUUCCCGUUACAAGAGAGAGGGCGGCCUCACCAAUGUUCAUUGAUCUUUCCUUGAGGGGCUCAAAAUGCAGGAAUAUUCCCUUCUAUUCUUCUCUGGAAUGGAAAAACGAUUUAUGUGAAUUUGAAAGUGGAGCUUUUCAUCUAUUUUUGGUGACACACAAAUUUCCAGCUCUUCUCAAUAGUGGUCAAAUGAGAUCAAACAUAUCUAGUACAUUUGUCGAGGCCAUUAUCUUGCCAUGGGAUCUCACUCUAGCUGGGAAAGAUGGAGCUGUGCAUUUAGCCAAGUUUUCAAGGAACCAGAUAAGUGAACAAAUGGAACAUUAUGCAAUUGAAAGUAAUGAACAUGCUCCCAUUAAGAAGCAAAGAACUUCUAACUUGACUGAUAAAGAGUUAACUUCAGGUUUCUUGAAUGAUAAUCUUGGGAGUGAGUUUAAGACCUCAUGCUCUUAUGGAGAUGAUACUCAAACGCAUGGAUGUGGAAACUUAAGUAAUUCUCGUGAAAUACGAUGCAUGGCCACUGUCAGAUGUGUUAAUAACAGUAAUCUGGUAACUUCAGGAAUUUUAUAUCAUGCAAAGCUGAGUGCUAAGGUUAAUGUUAAUGGUAAACCACAUGCAGAGAAGGUUUUGCUGCAAUUCCAGUCUGAAAGUUCUGCUAAAUAUCAUUGGUUGCAGAUUGGAGGUUAUUACAUCAUGAAGCACCACAUAGAAGAUUCUUUUUGUAAGGUCAAAAAAAUUUAUGAAGUCAACAGUGCUAGAGUUCUCAGUUCCACAUCACGUAUCUGGAGCCUUUGUUUAUCUUUUGAUUAUGCGUUUACCAGUAACAAGUCCAUACAUGAUACUGUAAUGGGAGAUUCUUCAUUCAACAGGAAUGAUAUUCUGCUGGCAGAACAAGAUGAACUGCUUCUGCAAGGAGCUCCUGGAAGUUCUCCAGGAACUUUUUCAGAUGUUUCACUUCAUCUUCCUUCUGAUGCCAUUGACAUCUUGCAUGUAAAACUUAAGGAACUAGAAGAAAAUCUUAUUAAGCCAGCAAUAAAACCAGAAGAGGCUUACAAUUUUUUGUCCAGCAGAACACAUUUGCACAGUAUGCCUUCUGGGUCUUAUUCCAACUGCCUGUUUCCUGAGGGAAAUUUAGUAUCUCUGAAUGGCGAUGUGAUUGCUAUUCAUGGUCUUGGCCUCUGUACUCCGAGUGUUCAAUCAAACUGUGAAGAUCCUAAUAAUGUUCUUCAGCUGAGAUUCCUUCAGGGACAUGGAAGCAGUUGUAUUCACGUUAUGGUGGACCAUCAAACUGUGAAGAUCUCUGGUUUCUUAAGUAGACACACAUAUCUUACUGGAUUUGGGCCUGGUACAAAUGCAACAUUUCACCGAAUUCUUGAAGUGGGGGGUCAAGAUAGAUUGAUGCUGACACCCAUAUCAUUUAUUGUGAUAAAUUCCUUAAGGGUAGUUGAUGAUCUAUACAGUGAGAGGUGGUCCAGUUUUCCUGCCUCAGCUGUUCAUGGCACAUCAUCUGUGGAAACUAUUUCUUUUGGUUUGAUUUCUGAACUGAUACCAAAAUGCAUGGAUUACAAACCCGUAAGGUUCCUCUGUAAGGUUAUUGCCAUCAAUCUCCUGGUUCUGGAGAAGUUUGAGAAAUAUGAUAAUUCAAAAUCUAGUAUUCAAUCCAGGCCAGUUCCCAUUGACAUUCCACUUGCGGGUUUUGUGCUAGAUGAUGGGUCGUCCACUUGUUUUUGCUGGGCUAAUGCUGAAAGAGCAGCUACCUUGCUAAGGCUGCGUGAAGAACUUCCACAAACGGUUCUUGAAUACUGUGGCUGCACAUUAAAGUGGGUUGGUAUUGACAAAACUGCAAGGGGCUCCAUUAUGUAUCAUCUUGGAAGAAUUUUGGAGAAGCACAAAAGAAUUACAGUAAAAACCCAUGGAUCAAUGGCUGAUUCCUCUUUUCCAGAGCUUACUGUCUUUGCCUCUUCUGAUAAUAAGCUCACCAGCUCAGAUGAGAACCUCCUUAAGUUCAUAGUCUUACAUGCUUGCUUUUGUAUCUCUUGGACUGUUGUUGCUUGCAUGAUGGAUCCUGAUGCAGUUAGGCACUUGGAGAGAGAGCACCUUGUAGAAGUGAAAACAGUGCAUUCCGUGAAAAAUAUGUGGGCCAGAGAAGUCUGUCAUACAAAUUCUCUCACAGAGGCCAGGAACAUCAUCCAAGAAUUAUUGAACAGGUAAGCAUUUGCAUCGUUUGAGUUUGGUGCACAUCAUCUGCUGCCACAUUGUACAACCAUAAAAGUUAUCCUGCACUGAACUGCUGGGAGUAGCUGUAAAUGUUAUAGCUUUAGGUAAUCUUUUCCAACAACACGUUGACUUCUAAACAUUGACUUGUUUCAACCACAUGUUUAGACGGUUUGCUUUUGCUUAAUUUAUUCAAGUCAUGGUUUUGCCGUUUA